ACGAGUUCAUACUUGUCCAGAUUUGCCCAUGCGCAGUUAAUGGACAUUGUCCAUGUGCCUGGUGGAGACUAAGUGAAUCAGACAAGUGAGAACUUUGCUGCAGUCUGAGCUGAAGGAGUGGAAACUUGCAAUAAGUAUGACGGCUGUAAGGUUUUGUGGAGUCCUUGUUCUUCUUGCAGUGUCUCUCAAUAGACUGAAUGCAUCAAGACCAGCUGUAAACCAGGAACUGUCCAGUCUUUUCAAUGAGCUGUGGAGGUUGGAUGUGAAUCGCAUGAGCCCUGCGAUAGACUACACCAUAUCUGUUCAGGGUCGAGCCAGUUUUGUAAGUCAGGGCAGCCAUGUUGUACCGGAUCACGCCUCACAGCCUCUGUUCUCCAACGUUAAUGAAAACAAACUAAAGAACACAACCACCACCUCCUUGUUCAUGAAACUCCUGGACAACUAUGAGAGGUCCACAGGCGUGACAGAACGAGUCACAACAGAGGAGCAGACUGAGACUAAUCUCUUCCUGGAUGCUGUCUUACAGACAGAAGUCAUGAAGCGGGCUCAUAGGUACCUGGUGAGCAAAGGACAGUCCAGCUCUGACUUGAGGCUGUUUAAGAAUCAGUUAAACCUGAUCUGGUUUCACCUCUACCACAGACAGAGAAACACAGGCCUGGACUCCUGUGGAUUCGAGCACGUCUUUGUUGGAGAAACAAAAUCUGGAACAGAAAUCAUUGGUUUUCACAACUGGAUCCAGUUCUACCUGCAAGAAAAAAACAGGCACUUGCACUACAAAGGAUACAAAGCCAGGGAGCAUGACUUACCUGAUCAAGACGACCACGUCCUGAACCUCCAGUUCAGCUGGCACGGUGUGGUGAAGCCCGUUGGAAGCGCCUUCAUCGGAACCAGCCCAGAGUUUGAGAUGGCAAUCUUCACCGUCAUCUUCCUCAUGAGCACAGAGAGGAGCACCACGGUGCUGGUCAACAUCGACCAGUGUCAGAUGGAGCUGGUGGUCAUCAGACAUGGACGCUCCCUCGGCACAGCGUAUCCCAAACUGCUCAGCAGCAACAGCAGACAUGUCAGGCAGCACUCGCACUGAAUUCACUUCUCAUACAAAGUGAUACCCAUGUCUUUGUUUGAUGACAUGAGGCACAAAUGGUUAGUCUGUUUUCAUCAGGACUCAAUUAUUGUCAUAAACAACAGUGUCAAUAAAAAUAAACACUGCUUUUUAAAAUCAAA